CGACCGUCAGUGGCGCAUAUUGCCGUGGCCCCAACUCGGUGCUAGCUCCAACUAAACUGGCAAAAUACGGAGUCAAUGCUCCGAUCGGAGGAGCUCCCCAGGUCAUGGAAUACAAAGUCAAUUUCCAUAUGAGCCUGAGUAGUCCCCGUGGUCUGCUUUCUUUUCUGCUGUUACAGACUCCACUAGUCACAAGGUGAGCAGGACUUUGUGUAAUAAUCCCUCUUCUGGCAUCCAUCUGGAUCUUCCCUGCAUUAGCAAAACGACAAUAGCAUAUCGAUACAAGAUGGCAUCCAAAGAUACCAUGCAAGCAGUUGUGUUCAAGGGAAAGUUGCAGGUCGCAGUCGAGCAAAGACCUGUCCCCAAGAUACAGGAUCCUCAGGACAUCAUCGUCAAAGUGAGAUACACGGCACUUUGUGGAAGCGAGCUCCACGUGUACCGUGGUCACCAGGCAUCCGGAACAGGAUUCAUUAUGGGUCAUGAGUUCACAGGUGAGGUGGUAGAGACUGGAUCCGAUGUCAAGACUGUUACAAAGGGAGACAAAAUAGUGACUCCUUUCACGACCAGUUGUGGAGAGUGUUUUUACUGCAAAGGAGGAUUCUCGUCUCGAUGCGCAAAAAGUCAAUUGUUCGGAUCGUCUGGCCUUGAUGGAGGACAAGCCGAGUAUUGCCGAAUCCCUUCGGCAGACAGCACAGUGGUGAAGGCGCCGGCCAACAUCGAGGAGAACAAGCUGGUGCUCAUGGCCGACAUCUUCCCGACUGGAUAUUUUGCCGCAGCAAAUGCAUUUCGCGGGUUCGAUGAGCAGACCAUAUCUCAAAGCGUAGUGCUUCUGAUAGGCUGCGGUCCUGUCGGAUUGUGCGCGCUUGUGAACGCCCUCGAGUACAAACCCAAAGCUUUGCUUGCCAUUGACGGGGUGCCGUCACGAUUGGAACAGGCGAAAGAUCUUGGAGCCGAGCCCUGGAACUAUCAAACGGACCUUGAGGGUCUCAAGAAGCGAGUACUAGAGCUCACGGAUGGCAGAGGCGCCGAUACCGUGAUGGAGCUGGUGGGUCACAGCGACGCGCUGAAAAUGGGAUUCGAAUUGCUGAGGCCAUGGGGUAAUAUCUCCAGUGUCGGCGUACACAAUGGAGAAAUCCCAUGGACUGGGAACCAAGCAUAUGGAAAGAAUUUGAGGAUCCAAAUGGGUAGAUGUCCCGUUCGAAGUCUUUUCGAGCCGGCUCUGGAAAUGCUGGCGAAGAAACAGCAUCAGCUGAAUUUCAUGGCGGAUAACAUCAAACCAAUGUCGGAAGCCCCCAAAUGGUAUGAAGAGUUCAACAAUAUGAAAGUGCAGAAAGUGGUCUUUGAGGCAGACAAGUGAGGGUAUGGACCAGCUUGGGAGAUCCUGGAACAUAGAGAUUCAAGAUCUGGGCCGCAUGGUCAAGUUCAUCAUUUGGUGGGCCUUUUGAAGAGAGGUUCUCCAUGUCAUACUCCCAGAGGUAGUGCAGCAUGCGUGG